ACAAUGCUUUCGUGACAGAAUAAGAUUUAUAAUUAACUCCUAAUCGAAGUAAAACUCGUGAUUUCAGUGUUAAAUAAUAAACUGAAGUGGAAUACAGUAUGAUCUGCAUCACAAGAAGCCACAGAACAGCGUCAAAUUUUAAGGAUCGCAUAAUCCACUGCUGCUCGUCGAGCCUCGCCUACGUACCGAAAUGCGAGCCAGUAAAGUCCGAGGACAUCGAGCUGCUGAGGCGAUUCGUGGACGAGUCCAGGAAAAUUUGCGUCGUCACCGGGGCUGGGAUCUCCACCGAGAGCGGAAUUCCCGAUUAUCGCUCGGAAGGUGUUGGUUUGUUUGCCACCAGUGACCGCAGGCCUGUUUCUUACAAGGACUUUUGUGGCAGCGACAAGGUUAGGAGACGAUACUGGGCUAGGAAUUAUGCAGCCUGGCCAAGAUUUAGCUUGUUUCAACCAAAUUUCACGCAUAUGUGGCUGAAGACUAUGGAGGAUGUGGGCAAAGUGAGCUGUGUUGUCACGCAAAACGUUGACAAUUUACACGUUAAAGCUGGUAGCAAAAACGUCAUUGAACUGCACGGUACUGGAUAUAGAGUAAUGUGCUUGAAUUGCAACGAGAAAUUGGACAGAUUCGACUUUCAGGAAAUUCUCAACAGACUAAAUCCCACCAUGGCUACUUCGUGCGAUAAAAUACGUCCUGAUGGUGAUGUUGAUUUGUCUCAGGAGCAAAUUGACGAUUUUAAAAUACCGCCGUGCUCAAACUGUGGUGGGAUUCUCAAGCCUGACAUAGUGUUUUUUGGUGACAAUGUUCCCAGAGAAGUUGUCGAGCGAGUGAAAAGUGAAGUGGAAGAUGCCGAUUCUUUGCUUGUCCUUGGCACUUCCUUGACUACAUUCUCUGGUUACAGAAUUGUGCUUCAAGCAACAGAAGCUGUUAAGCCCAUAGCGAUAUUAAAUAUUGGUGAAACGAGGGGAGACGAACACGCGCACAUCAAAGUUCAUGGUAGAUGUGGUGAAAUCCUUUCGAUGCUUGGUAAAAAGUGAUUCUGAUGAAGAACUUUAAAAAACUGUAGUUUAAGAUCGUGAGCCUUGAAAAAAGUACAACUUAGAUAAUUUUACAUUUGUGUAAUGCUAAGAACCAUUUGUUUUAACAAUACCUUCUGAAAAUGUAUAAAACUUUGUAUUUUACAUACAUGUAAAAAAU